CUCUCCCCCUCUCUCUGUCUAUCUCUAUCUCUCUCCCUCUUCUUCUUGCUGUAUUCCUGCCAGCAUCUGUGUCUCUUAGUGUGGGAAUGUAGCAGACUUGGAGGCAGCUCCGCUGUUCAGUCCUGCUGCACGGCUGGACCUCGCACAGACGGCCGGCUGAGAGUGGACAGGACGGGGGCCAUCUAAGGGCAUGAAUUGGAGAAAAAGCGAUCAAACGGAUUUAACCCUCCCAGUCCCUCUUGCCUGAUUGCCGUGCGUCACUGUCUGCCGCUCGACUGCGCUCUCCGGGGAGGGGAUUACCGGCAGCCCGCGUCUGCUGGAGCUCUGCUGGAGAGAGAAGGGGAGAAGGACAAUCAAGGUAGCCCCAGCCCGCUUGGCACGCGACGGGAGAGUGAGCUGCAGACCUGCCCCUGGAGUGGAGCAUCUCGCAGCCACCACCUGGGCUUCACACACACACACACACACACACACACACACACAGGCACGCAGAGGCAGGGCUGUGCCAGCCGCGACGCUCUCCGCGUUGGUGCAGCUGCAGCAGGAGUCGAGCUGCAGCAGGGAGCUGCCCCGCCGUCUUCUCGCACGCACACGGAUUUACGGCACGCUUCCCGACGGCAGCCGCAGCGUCCUGGAUCCGAUGCUCCGUCUGCCAGCGUCGUGGGGUUUUUUUUUUCCCCACCCCUCUCACUCUUGGCUUUUCUCCUACGCUGACCGUCUUGGGAAUUAGCUUCGGCUCUCUGGACGCUGAACUAGAUAGAGGCACGAACCCCCCCACCCCCACCCCUCCCUCACUUACCUCUGCUCUCCGAGUGCGUGUUUGUGCUACAGUGUGUUUGUGUGUGUUAUUACUCCUGGCUUAUAAUUAUUGUGUUGUGGUGUUGUAGGAUCUGUGUUGAUGGGUUUACGUGCAGGCUGAUGUCCUGUGUGCUGUAAAUAUGAUCUGUCUGAGUCUGCAUGUCUCGCCGUAGCCGUGGAUGAGCGUAUGUUUGAAUGUUAAUGAGAUGCGGAGCCCCGGUUGCCUUCCCGGUCCCCUCUCCUCCUUCUUCUGCUUCCUAGCUGGGCUCUGAACUCCAACAGCAUGAGUGAGAGAACAGCACUAGGGGCCACCAUGGAGACCAUGACCCUGGAGGAGCCUGGGGGUGAACAAGACUCUCCCCGGGCCCCGGGGCCCCUCCGCUGUGGCCCCUGUGCAGUGUGGCCUCGCCAGCAGACAUGGCUGUGCGUUGUGCCCUUGCUGAUGGGAUUCGUGGGCCUGGGCCUCAGCCUGAUGCUUCUUAAGUGGAUCGUGGUGGGCUCAGUGCAAGACUACGUACCCACCGAUUUGGUGAAUGCCAAAGGCAUCGGGCAGGACCCCAUUUUCCUCUCCAAACCCAGCACCCUGCCAAAGGGCCCAGACGCCCCCACCGCAUCCACUGCCACCCCAGCCGUUACCAUGGGCCCUGGCUCAGCCGCUGAUGGGACCGGCGCGGUGCAGAGGACUCAGUCAGGCGUACCUUCCAACCACACCUCCAGUGGAGGUGCCGGUGGAACAAGGGGCGCCGGCGCGGUGGGCGGGGCCUCUGGGAACCGAGCCCCUCACCUCCACAAUCGGGUAGGCACGCGAGUGAACGGCACCACCUUCACCACCGCCACCCCACGCAGCACCACCGUCCGGAAGCCCGGGGGCGCAGGUGGCAGCAGAAGCGCGUAUCCCUCCUCCAAAGCUGGCCCACCGAGCCCCACCUCUGUCGCUACGUCCACGACCGCCAUCACCACCACUACUAUGAUGAAAAGCUCCACCCGAGCGCCCCCAUCGAGCAGCACACCUACGGCCCCCUCCAGGCCGACCCAGCGUGUCAACCACGGACGCCCCUCCAAAGGUUCCGCCACCAAGCCUACGCGCCCCCACCACCGCUUCAGAACACUUGCACCUACAGCUCCGACUGUACGCUCCGAGUUCUUCAAGCCCUGCCAAGACAGCCAAGAGCUGGCGUUCUGUCUGAAUGAGGGGGAAUGCUUCAUUAUCGAAACUGUGGCAGGAGUCCACCGACACUGCAGGUGUAAAGAGGGUUAUCGUGGACUGCGCUGUGACCAGUUUGUUCCUAAGACCGACUCCAUCCUCUCCGAUCCAACAGAUGAACUGGGCAUAGAGUUUAUGGAGAGUGGAGAGACCUACCAGAGACAGAUCAUGUCAAUCUUCAGCAUCGCCGUGGGAAUCAGCUUGCUGGGUGUGGCCUGCAUGGCUUUUUACUGCAGAAACAAGAGACAAAGGGAGAAGCACAGAGCCCAGCUGACAGACCUGCGCAGUCUGAGGGACUGCGGUGUCAAUGCCUCUCGGCUCAUGUCCAAUUCCAGCCCCAGGACUGAAUCUGGCCUCCGGCAUCAAAAGUGCUGCAGGGUCCAAGGAGCCUCCCCUACACCAGGCUGCAGUACAGUGCCCAGCAAUUCCAAAGUCCCUGCACCUGAUCCAAUCAGCAAUCUGUCCACAGGAAAACGGCGCAGAAGCUGCUCGCUCUCAACAAGCCCUGCGCUAAAACAGAAGAUAACCAAUCAUCGGUCUGCACCACGAUGGACCCCUCCCAUUUCAAGAGCAGGACAUAAUCUGAUUGGAGGAUCUAGGGAUUCUGUUCACAGCUACAAACAUCUCCAAGAGGUGGAGUCCACAGAUGUUAUGUCAGAAUCUUCAAGAAGGUGCCAGCCCCAAACAGAUGGUAAUCAGUACAGCCACUCCUAUUUGAAUAUGCAAACUGUGGCCUCUGCCCAUUCCAGUGGAAGGCUGACCUACACCGAUGUCCCUUGCACUCGUCUGGACCAGGGAACAGCCUUUCCUCCUCCCUCCCGACGUACCUGCUCUGUUCCCAUCAUCCCCUCUGUUCAGGCACCUGACCUAGGGGACAGGUCUGUGGAUCAAGGGAGCACCGCGCUGCUUUACAAGGGUGGAGCUUCUGCCAGCCAUACCCUGAUCAGACGUGAGACUGUGAUGGAGUCGUUGGUCAGUUCCAGCCAAUCACUGGCCAGCCCUGGUGUGGCACAGGGGUCAAUUGCAUUCACGUGCUCCGAGUCUGCUCUGGGGGGCGAAGCGAAACACAAAAGCCUUGUCACUUACACAACAGCCUUGAGACCAGGAACAGAGUCCAGCAGAGCAAAGACUGUCAUCUCUACGACUGUACUGGGAUCAGGGGAGCAGUCUGCGCAACAGUCCUCCAGCCUUUCUAGAUCCAUGGGAAGACUGGAGCGCCGGCACUCGCGGCCCGCUCAUGGAGGGAUUCCGAGAGAGGAACACGGUGCUCCUUUACAAACUCCAUAUAUCAGGGGAGAGAAAGGCCACCUUUCUGCUGAGCUUAGAGGUGUGUCCUAUCUUACACCCCCCAAGAGCUGACUGAAUAAAUUUAUACAACUCAAGUGAAAUCCGUUACAGUGGGAUUGGACCCCCACCCCCAUGUUGACCAAUCACAAGACUUACUCUCUGAAGUGCAUACGUGCUUUGUGGACUACAGAGGAGACUUGCAAUUACUGAAUUUAAAACACUGGGAAACUGAGAACACGAUGUGAAUAAAUUAUAAAGAUUAAUAACUAUCGUUGGGAUGUUGAUUUAAAGAGCUAUUGAAGAAGAUAAAAGAUUUAUAUGCCACUAUUUAACAAAAGCUUCUACAUAGAAACCAAAUAGUGUGUCAUCUCUAUGUUGUUUCUCGAUUGUAAAAAAAGAACAUAUAAUAGAUGUCAUAACUACAUGUAUGUCAUAUAUAUGAUAUAUAUAUAUAUGACAUACAAUGACAAAAAUAAAGACGCAGAAUAAGGUAAAAACAAGCUUUUCAUUUCAAACAGCUCUGCCAUCAUAUGAUAACCCAGUCCAACUCUGUCUUCUGUCUGUUAUGCUUGAGCACGUAAGGAGAGUUUGGUGGUUCAUGAA